AUGACAGGGUCCGGCGGCUCCGGUAUUCUCAUCGCUCGAAAAUCCGACGGCACAUGGUCGCCCCCAUCCGGAAUUAUGCUACACACGCCCACUCUCAGCUUCAUAAUUGGCGUCGACGUUUACGAUUGCGUCCUUGUUGUCAACAACCUUGCCGCUCUUGAGUCAAUCACGAAGCCCCGUGUCACACUCGGCGAAGAUGUCGGUCUAGUCAGCGGUCCCCUUGUGUCUCUGGAUUCAGAUGAGUCGCACAUCAAGUGGCAGGACAUGGGUAACACCGUUUUGACCUACUUGAAAUCGCGGGGUCAAAACCAAGCCGUUAACCUCAACGGCUGUAUCCUAGCCGAACGAGGGAAUGAGAACGAGCGCUUCUACGCCAGCCAAGUCACGCAGAUGGAUAUCCUGGCUGGCAAUGUUGCCCGCGACGUGGAGGAAGUUGGACCGCUUUCAGAGGUCAUUAAGAUGGCCGAGGGCAGGACAGACUACGAUGCUUCUGUAAUUAACAAGAUCGCCGCCGAAUGCGCACCGGGAGACGCCAUGAUAGCAACGCCCAAGUCCUCCACACCCGCAUCGCCCCGGACGGCCUUCGGAAUUCCCAACCAAGACGAUCCCGAUCCGUUCGGUGUUUUGGCCCUCGAGAUGGCUGGUUUGGAAAUCAGGGAAGCAGGAUCGAGAUUACGACCUACGAGUAGCCAAUUCGACUUCAACCCCGCGCCUUCAAGCCCAGCCUUUUCCAAGUUCAACAGACAAAGUAUAGAAACGUUCGUCUCAAAGAGCAAUCGCAACAGUUACAUGUCGUCGCGAACCGUCAAGAGUCAAAUGACGGAUGCUGGAACACAGACCGAUGUAGGCACAACGCCCGAGACAUCACCCAGCCCAGGUCAGAGCGAAGAUGGCCAUGACAGGAGUAUCCGCCUACAAAUCCCCGAAGUCACAGAGGAAGAAGAAGAGGUGGAUUACACAAAGGUCGAUCUGACCCCCAUAAGGCAUUUCAGCGGGGCCCAAUCCCCUCUCAGUACCACCAGCCACAGCAGCACAAUGGCCGUGGAACCAGACACCCUCAAGGUUGAGCCCAGGGAUGACACGGACAAGGCCUCGAGCAAUUAUGAUAGCGACAAGGAUGACAAGAGUAGCCGAAACGCCGACGAUGAGGGCGACUCAGAGAGUGACGCUGGAGAGGAGGACGAGGAGGAACCUGUGGUGUUUGAGGUUGCUGCUGUGCAGCCAGCAAGAACCCAGGCUGUUGCAUCCCGCAUGGUCCACGCCAAGGGUAACAUGGUCAUCAUUCCCAAAAGAGUCCCUCCCCCUCUGCCCAUGAGGAACCCCGGCAGGGCAUCGCGAUCUAGUAAGAGUGAGAUGGGCGAUGUUUCAAGCCUUCGAAGCCCUCUGCGCAAGGAGGCCUUCACCGAAGCAGACCUUGCAUCGGAUAAUGAGCACACCGACUCCGAGUCUUCACCUUACCUUAAGCCCAAGGAGUUCAAGGUCGAGAAGACCAAGAUCGAGACCAAAUCUGAUGACGACAAAUCAUCGGAAUCUGAGGUUGAGUUCUUCUUAGCCGAGGAGGUGAAGACGGAGGGUGCCAAGGCCGAAGUUACCAAAGUUGAGGACACCAAGGCCGAGGAAACGAAAGAGGAAGCGCCUGGAACUGAGCUCAAGGUUGAAUUGAAGGAUGCUCAAACAUCCCCCAGAAUUCCCCAGGAGGAGCGCCCAGACAGCCCUAGCACACCCGACAAGAAGCACACUUCAUCUGUGUAUACCGGAGUGACUGAAGACCGAUGGAGCGUCGACGGCACAACACUUACAACACCUACAUCAGACCGACCUUUUUCUGUUAUUGACGACAUAACUGAAGACGAGACCCCCAGGAAGCCAGCAAAAGAAGCUGAGCCAACUGAGAUGAAUGAGAAGCACGAAGAGCUAGAGAAGAUGGCAUCAAAAGAGACAACCUCCAACACGAUCACGGUGGUAUAA